AUGCGACUAUUCCAAGGCCAAGGAUGUUCUAGUGAUCUCAAACCACCAAGCGGUAUUGGACUGUCUGGGACUCAACUACAUUUUGCACUGCAAUACCAUACCAGGACAAAAUACAUCUACAAGGACUCACUCAAAUUCAUACCAAUAUUCUACCAGAUAUGCUCAUUAUCAAACUUCCUGAGGGUAUGCCGCUGCUUUGAAAAGGAUAAAGAUAGAAUAGAGACAUUCUGUAAAAGAAAUAUGGACGGAUGCUACCUGGUUCUCUUUCCAGAAGGAACAAGAUUGUGUAGGAAAUCGGCAGUUGCAAGUGUUAGCUUCUGUAACAAGAAUAAGAUUGAGAGAUUUAAGAAUGUCCUCUGUCCCAGAUACAAAGGAUAUAAAACAAUACUGGGAUCAUGUCCUUUUUUUUCCCCACGUGGGGAAAAAAAGGGACCUUAG